AGUUGCACACUGGAAGUGAGUGCUCUCUCUACAUUGGGGUUUGCUGACUAUAGCAAUGCAAGAUUAUCUGUGCAACUGGUGAUUAUCCUGCCCCCCAUCCCAUCUCCCUCUGAAGGAACCAGGACACUCGCUGGAAUAUUUUAGUUUUGUGUCUCAACCUUGAUUUUGUUGGGGGGUGGGGGGUGGCGUUGGGGGGAAGUUUGGCAUUUGUUUUCUGCGGCUGCUUGGCAGCUGCCAGCUGCACUCGGCAACCCUGCCAUCGACUCGACCAGACUUCUCUUCGGCGAGGACUGAGUGCGGAAAGCUCCCCUCUGCCGAGUGCUAAGAUGCUUUGGGGAUCUGCCAUCAUCCUGGCUUUCGUUCUUUGCAGAGGACUACCGGUCAGCAACGGACUCCACAACAUCACCGGGAAGAAUCCCAAGCUGAUGCCAAUUGUUUGGGAAGAACCGAAACGUGAAACUGAAGUCAAGACGCCGGCAGCUGAAUCCGAGAGACAGGACAGCAUCCUAUCAGAGCUGUUAGGGGACUAUGACAAAGUGAAAGCCGUGUCCGAGGGCACGGAUUGCCGCUGCAAGUGUGUGCUCAACCCCCUGGGCCGGGACGCCUGCCGCCGGGUUCAUGAAGGCACCGUCAGGCCGGACGACUCCUACACGGUGGAGACCAUCAGCUCGGGACCGCACUGUAAAUGUACCUGCCUCGCCCCACCCUCGGCUCUCAACCCGUGCGAUGGGCAAAUUAGACUGGAGAAGCUCCGGGAAGCGGAAGGCAGCAGCUUCAAGCUCUCCUCUGUGAAGAAACUGUUGGAAGAUGCCUUGUUUGGAUUAGACCUCCUAAACUUACAUUCCAUUACAACCAAACUUAUCAAGCGUAUUGAAAAAUUGGAGGAGGCAUUUACUAUGGACACCUCCACAGGGGACAGGCCCAUCACUGGCAAUUCCAAUAAGGUCCAGGGUAAGAUGGAGAAGAAGGAAAACCACACGAAUCCUCUCAGAAGCACAAAGGAAGAAAUGAUUGACAUGAGCACAAAUUUCCUGCAGAGAGAUGCUGCAGCCACCUACAUGCAGCCUGAGGAGAGGCACAUCCGUUUGUUAACUGAAAUGUUUGACAAAGAGCUCAGCCAGAAAAGAAGUGAUAAUAAAGAUAUCAAACCACUUGUGUUGUCGCGCACGGAGCAGAAGCAGAUUGAGAGGCAGCACAAGCCCAAGCAUCCGCAAGGGCCAACCAUUUUACGAACAACGUACUACAAGGCAAAGGCUUCGGAGGAAGCAGAGGUAGCAGGAGAUGAAGAGAUGGCAGAGGAUGAGCAAGUCAGCUCUGCCAGUGGUGAGGAUGCAACUCUACUAUUUUUGGAUGAUCAACUGAUUAAGCACAUGGAGCCAGCCGUAAACGCUUCUCAGGCACUGGAACCACUCACAACUAUCAAUCUAGAGACAGCCACAAAAGCAAGACAACAGCUGAAUCUCACUGUCCUUACAGAGGCUCCGACAGCUGCCAAUCCAAUUCCUAUCGCAGCCCCAACAGGUCCUGCUGUGACUGUUAGCUCCACCUGUACUAAUGUGACUACCUCUUCUGCAACAAUCCCAGAUACACGCACCACAGUACCCAAACAAACUAAUACCACUGCCCCUACUGCUACCAACGCCACUUCUUCCAUCACAUUUCCCAACAAAACUCUUGCUUCUGCUCUUUCUAUGUCCUCCACAACAAUCACAACUUCCGCCACCAUUCCAAUUCCCAUCAUGACUGGUGCAAGCCACACCUCAACCUUACUGGCUUCUGCCAGCACCACAGUGUCCCUUCCACCACCCACCUCGGGUCCUGUGUCAAGUGCAGCCACCACCACAGCUCCCAGCAGCAAAGUUCCUGUCACCAUCCCAGUUACCUCCACUACCAAUCAUAGCAUCAGUGCAGCCCCCACCAGCACUACCACCUCGAGCCCCCCACCCCCCUCAACCACCACAACAGCUGCUACUGCUGCUGCCCUCAUGACCACCGCAGCCACUAUGAGCACUGCACCUCUGGCAACAGAAACAACUAUGAGCACCACAGUUCCCACCGCCGGAAGCACUACAGUAGUCACCAAAGUCCUCGUCCCUGAUCCUGUGACCACCGCAGCCACCACCACCACCACCGCAGCCACCACCACGACUAUGGCAGCCACCACUACAACCACUGUAGCUGAAACCACAACCACUCUACCCACCAGCACAGCCCCCAGCUCAACCACUCUACCCACCACCACAACCACCAUACCCACCAGCACAGCCACCAGCUCAACCACUCUACCCACCACCACAACCACCGUACCCACCAGCACAGCCACCAGCUCAACCACUCUACCCACCGCCACAACCACCAUACCCACCAGCACAGCCACCAGCUCAACCACUCUACCCACCACCACAGUACCCACCAGCACAACUACUGUACCCACCAGUACAACUACCGUCCUCACCACCACAACCAACGCGGCCAUCACCACCACUCCAGUUACCACAAACGUUGCCACUGCCACCACCACCACCACCACUCAAAGGACAACUGCUACAACUACUACGCGUUCUCCAAAAACCAGAAUGACUUCUUUCGUUUCCAGUGCCAGAAGGAGACCAUUGGUUGAGGUCACUCGGAGGCAGCGUGUGAUCCACAAGCCAAAUAACAGUUACAAAAGUUUUGGAGAGUGCAAGGAGACUUUGUCUACCAUUUCUGACCCCAAGACAAAACACUUUUAUGGGAGAAAUGAAGGUGCUUGGAUGAAAGAUCCAAUAGCAAAAGGUGAUAAAAUCUACAUCACCAACUACUAUUACGGUAAUACCCUGGUGGAGUUUCGCAACAUGGAAAACUUCAAACAAGGUCGCUGGAGCAACUCUUACAAGCUUCCCUACAAUUGGAUUGGGACAGGCCAUGUGGUGUACGGUGGGGCUUUCUACUACAACAGAGCUUUCACGCGCAACAUUAUCAAGUAUGACCUGAAGCAAAGGUAUGUGGCUGCCUGGACCCUGCUUCAUGAUGCAGUGUAUGACGAGUCCACGCCCUGGAGGUGGAGGGGCCACUCCGACAUAGACUUUGCUGUUGAUGAGAACGGUUUGUGGGUGAUUUAUCCAGCCUUUGACGAUGUGGGCUCCUUGCAAGAAGUCAUAAUCAUCAGCAGGCUCAACACCGUCGACCUGUCCAUCCUGAAAGAAACCACCUGGAGGACCGGCCUGAGGAAAAACUAUUAUGGCAACUGCUUCAUUGUCUGUGGUGUGCUGUAUGCAGUUGACAGCUACAAGAACAAGCACGCUAACAUUUCGUAUGCUUUUGACACCCACACAAACACUCAAAUCAAUCCAAGGCUGCCAUUUACCAAUGAGUACUCUUACACCACUCAGAUUGACUACAACCCCAAAGAGCGUAUCUUGUAUGCAUGGGACAAUGGUCAUCAAGUCACAUAUGGUAUCACAUUCGCCUAUUAGUAUGGAAAACACAGACACUUAUGAAGUGCUUCCAGCUCUUGUCUUUGUAAAAAAAAGAUAUAUGUAAGAAGGGGAAUUGAUGUUCUUAUAUUCAUUCACAGAUUGUAGAUCAAUCUGUCUUUGUUAAUAUAACCAUGGUAACCUGCUUUAAAAGAGAGAGAGAGAGAAAAAAACACAUGCACACUAAGGGCCCCCUUUGACCUGCGCUUUAUACAGUAGUCGCAUACCUUGCAUGUCAAGACACAGAAGAGUUAGAUGCCUACCAGACUUCCCUGCUGAGUUUCAAACAGAUCGUUGUUCUUGCUCAAACUUAGCAUACUUGCCAACCAACAAAACCUGCAAGCUCCUUUCGUAUAGUUUGAUUUGCAGAGAAAAAUCCAGAUUCUCUACCCCUGUCCCUUCGCUAUGAAUUGGCAUUCAUUGCCACUAUUGGGAAUAAUCACAGAGACAAUACAAUUAAAGAGGCUUAAUUAAGUUCAUAAGUUCUAAAUAAUGAAACAACUGAUUUAAGCAUCCUAACCUGAUACCUCGAAAGAUGGCAUCACAACCAACAAUUCAAUAUUUCAUCAUCUUCCAAAGCACAAAUAGUUGACUUCCGUUUCCAACCAUUCUGUAAUGUGGAUUAUCUCCUCAAUGACUAAAAGGUAUGAACUAUUGAAUGAUGUAUUGCACCUUAUGUUUAUUGAUUAGAGAUGGCUGCUUCCUGUGGUGUGUCUGAUUAAUAAUAGAUAUUAGUGGUCAUGUGCUUGAGAAUUUAAAGAUAUUUGCCCAACAUUUCAUUUUUGCUAAUUAAUUGAAUUGAAAUCUUACAGUCUGGGAUGGUUAGGCCACAGCUUUGGCAUUGGAGUAGAAAGCAGAACUGCUUUUUGUUAUGGAGUCUGAAACCGACAGCAUGUAAUGUAACAUAGCAUGCACUGUAAGUGGUGUCCUGUAUUCACCAUUUAGUGAAUGCAGAGUUUUAAUAGGCAAUACACCUGUUAAUAAGGAAA